AUGAAGAGAAGAAAGCAAAAAAAACCAAAACAAAACAACUCAAACUCGGAUGAAUACAUCAAAAUCUCAUUAUCUUCAAUUAUGGAGGACGAAGAGGAAGAGGAGGAGGAGAAGAAAUCAUCAAAUCCAUCUUCAUCAGGUAUUACAUCACCACCACAAUCAACACAACCAACCACUCAUUUAAAUUCUCACAUUCAACAACAAGCGUCCACAGUUGUUCUCUCUUUCAUCAAUUACGAAGAAUGGACAAAGAAAGAGGUUGCUUCUCUUCUUCGUAUGAAGAAACGUGAAGGUGGAGCUUCAUUGGACAGGGAUGGUGUACAAUCCCUCUAUGACGCUCGUUUCAAAGGAACCUCUCUGGAUAACAUUGUUCAGAAUAUCAAGAGACACGACGUAGAUUUUGCAAUUAAAGCCAUGACUCAAAGCAAAGACUUUUCUCAUGUUUCUGAAAGUACUUGUUCAACAGUGGUAAAUUGGGUGAAGAAUAUUUUGAUGCCCAAACUUUUUGGUCUGUGGAACAAAGAUCAAACAAAGGAUGCAUUGUGUCGAUCAAAACUAAAAGGAGGGGCUGGAUUAAGCAAUGAUCAAACUAAACCUUUGUACGAUGAAGAUUUUGAUGGAAAAUCUCUCUCAAAAAUUGUCUUUGAGUUCGAGAAGGCUCAACAAAGUGGAAAUGAACAGACUCUCAAUGAUAUCACGGAAGAAGUAUUUAAAAAUGACAAGGAUGCUCGUGACAAGGUGAAGAAUUGGAUAAAAAACGAGUUGAUAGAAAAAAACAAGAUAGAAGUGCCGUUGUUAGACUCUGAGAAGAUGAAAGGCAAGUGUUGGAUAUCUGAAAGAAUAGUUCAACUUCAAAAAGAAGGAAAUACUUCCUACGAGCUCGUUUAUGAUGAGGCAUAUAACCAUGUCCUUGAUUCAACAAAAAAGACUAAUUGA